AUGGCAGGCAGAGAGAUCAACUUGUUCAAGGGAUACGCUUCCCCCAGACUCCUUCCUCGUCUCGAGAUUCUUGAAGCAUCGUCGAGAAUAUUGAGACCUGAAAAGAGGACCUACGACGAGGAUCCAGAAAACAAGCAUCCUCUCUUGUAUGGAACAGACAUUGGAGCCUUGUGGGUUCGAGAAGAGAUAGCCCAGUGGAGCAACAGCAUCUUUUUUGCAGACGAGAAGCACAGCAGGGCCAGGGCCAGAGCUGACAGCAUCAACUUGACUGGGGGCGCCAGCUAUGGCAUUUGCAACAUCUUGCUACAGUGCACUUUGCCCCACAACAGCUUCACCAGACAGGCCUUUAUUGUGACGCCCACGUACUACUUGAUCAACUCGUCCUUUGUCGACGCUGGCUUCAAGGGCAAGCUCACUGGUGUGGAGGAGGACGACAAUGGGAACUACGACCUCGAGGCCUUGGAGAGCAAGAUCAGGGAGCUCGAAAGCAGCUUUGAGAACUCCAACAUCGACGACUCGUCGAUCCAGGGUGGUGCCAAUCGCCCAUUCAAAAAAGUCUACAAGUAUGUGUUCUAUUGUGUUCCUGAGUACUCCAAUCCAACAGGAAAGUCCCUUUCGACUGAAUCAAGAGUGAAGUUGGUUGAGCUAGCCCGAAAAUACGACAUGCUAGUGAUCUGCGAUGAUGUUUACGAUCUUUUGAACUACCAAAAGGGAGUGAAAACGUACAAGAAGAGAAUGGUUUAUUUGGACAGAGAAACCCAGAAAGACCCAGAGAGUUAUGGCAACGUUAUAUCAAAUGCUUCGUUUUCCAAGAUCAUUGGACCAGGACUACGAAUUGGCUGGCAGGAAUCUAUUAACGAUAAAUUGGCCAUUAUAUUAUCGCAGGGUGGUGCAAACAAGUCAGGGGGGACACCAGGCCAGUUCAAUACCUACAUUGCUGGCGAGUUGAUCAAGUCUGGAAAGAUCAACACAAUCAUUGAUGGCCUCAACAAGGUGUACUCCGAGCGAGCAGAAGUCGUCAAGAAAUGCUGCAAGAAAUACUUGCCCGAGGGCACCACCUUUUCUGGUGCUUCAGGAGGAUACUUUAUCUGGGUGACCACUCCUGAUCAUAUUGAUUGCAGAAAGGUUGUUGAAAAGGCGAAGGAAUCUGGCUUGAUUCUAGCUGGAGGAGACGAUUUCGAGGUGAGUGGAGACGUCAAAGGCUGGGGUCGAAACAGUGUCAGAGUAGCAGUCAGUUAUAUGGAAAAGGAGGACAUCAUCAGAGGAUUCCAAAUCUGGGGAGAGACCAUCCAAUCUCUUCAGUAA